UAGCCCGCACGCGACGUCUCGCGCAUAAAACAAAACCACCCACCAUCGCGACUCGUAUUGUCUGUCACAUCAUUAUCACCAACUAACUAUCAACCUUUUUGUUUUUUUCUUUUUCUUUUUUUUUAUGCCUUCCCUUUUUUCUUUUCUUUUUAUAUCACCUAGUAUUGUCGAUUUAGCGCGCUACCCGCAAUCCAAUAACUGCGCCCAAAUCUCAACAUCCAAUACCAACUACCGAUACCAAUAUCAGUACCAAUCCUAUACCUACCCGCCUCUUCGUAAUUCAUAAUUCUUUCCACCAUGCCCGACAUAGAUCCUGCGGCUCUGAGCCGCCCAUCCGUCUCCCUCUCUACUCCGACCCUGAAAUCAAUAACUGUUUCUGCACCCACUUCGCAGAAAGUCACCAAAACUAGCCAAAUAAUCCCCGCUCGCAUUGACAUCGAGCCUCUAUAUACCGCCCUCAAGUCAGCUAUUGGAAAUGAACAAUGGAACACCUACAAAGAGGCCACCACGCAAUUUAUAUUGGGCCGUCUGAAUCAAGCCGAGUACUCAGAACGCAUAGACCCUAUAUUAUUCUCUCCCAAUGGCGACAAGAGCCAUUUACAUAAUCAGCUCAUUGCUGCUAUAUACGGGAACCUCACCAGGGAAAUGCCAGACCAAGGCGUCGCGCCAUGGGUAUCUGCUAACGAUAAGCCUGCUGCUAAUGUCGGCGCUAAGCCCGUCACUGGCGACGCCGCCGAGCGGAGGUUGAAGGGAGAUGUCAUGCAACUGCCUAGUCGCGACAGGCGACGCAUAAAGGAAUUAUCUCAGAAUGAUUUCGACCCCUUCGAAUCUAUGGCAAAUAUGUUUACUGAGCACCAUCGAGGCAGAGUUACUCGUGUUCCAGAUAUAUUACCAAGCGCGAAUGGUCUGAAUAAAAUGAAUUUGGACCUCGAGAUUCGUAAACGCUAUGCGCAACCCUUGGCCGUAGAGUCGGGUGAGUUUCCGGAUAUGGCAAGCAUCGAAGCGAGAAUGCUACCUAUCUGCUACGAAGCAGGGCUGGUUAAUGGCCAUGCCCCGGAUGCUGCCCAAUUUAUGACUGUAGCUUCGGAGAUGUUCAUCAAGGAGUUUCUUUCAACCGUAUUCAGCCGGACGAGAUGUAAUGGACCUGGUGAUUCCGGGAGUGCUGGGUUCGGUGCCGGACCUGGCUGGAUUCAAACCCAUAAGUACCGUCGACAACUAAGACGAGAAGAGGCGGCGUUUGCGAAGGGCGAACUUACUCGAGACAAGAGUGGGCUUCUGCCUGUCGAGGCAAAGGCCGCAAGCGAGCGGCCCCCAUUAAGCAUGGCUGAUUUGCGACUUGCCUUGGAAAUUGGCGACUGUGGUAUAAGCUCUUUUCCUAUCAUCAGGAAGUCAGUCACGUAUAAUUAUAGGGACGGGGAACUCGAAAACUUCAAUAAUUACACCUGGCUUCACGGCCGCAAGCCAAAGGAUUACGGAGAUUCCAAUAACGACAUUGUUAAUGGUACAGGUCUCCAUGCUCCCACAAAUGGAGUCGCCUACCCCGAGCCCAUGGAUAUCGACGAAGAGCCACCAGCAUGGGAUGGUGCAUCUCCCCAAGAUGUCUCCAUGCUAGAUAAUGUGUUAGACUCAUGCCUAGCAGUCCCUUAGAAGUGAGACGAUGUCACGCAGUUACACAUGACGAAUAUUCACGAAUAGGGAGACGUCGAAUCUAAACGAAACGAGGAGAGAGCAACAUGAGAACUUUAGGGACACCCUAGAUCAUGGCUCACAGGAGUGUAGGGUCUGGUUGACC